CCGGAAGUGAUGACGUGUGCCGGGAAUUGUGGACUAGGCACAGAGGCGUAGGCAGCUGAUUACCGAUCAAUAAGCAAUCGAUUGCCGAGCUCAGAUUGGUGUGACACACAGGACCCAGAGCCAUGGAGGCUCUUUACCAUCAAAGUAACAAACAUGUCCAUGAAGUUCAGAAUCAGAUGGGACGGCUGGAGUCAUGUGACAAACAGUCUGUACAUAUCCUAGAAAACGAGAUCCAAGCCAGAAUAGACCAGAUUUUUAGUAACCUGGAGCGUCUAGAGAUCUUGUCUAGCAAAGAACCUCCCACCAAGCGUCAGAAUGCCAAAAUGAGAGUCGAUCAUCUGAAAUACGAUGUGCAGCAUCUGCAGACAGCAUUGCGAAACUUUCAGCAUAGGCGCUACGCCCGGGAGCAACAGGAGCGGGAGCGAGAGGAGCUGAUGGCACGGACUUACACCACCAAUGAUUCAGAGACCUCAAUACACAUUGAUGAGACCCUCCAAUAUAAUUCCUCCGUCCGUAAUGCACACCAAGGGAUAGACGACCUUCUGGGGAGUGGGACCAGUAUACUGGAAGGGAUGAGGGACCAAAGGAAGACCUUAAAGGGAACCCAGAAAAAGAUCCUGGAUGUUGCAAACAUGCUUGGCCUUUCCAACACGGUUAUGCGGCUGAUUGAGAAGAGAGCGUUCCAGGACAAGGCCAUCAUGAUUGGAGGGAUGCUGCUGACUUGUGUGGUUAUGUUUCUUGUCAUCAAAUACCUGACAUGAGAUGGAGGAUGAACCCUCUGUUCCCUGGACUGCGCCUCAGCCUCCUAUCUGUGCUUUUCCCCACCCCCCUCAUCAUAUGCUGUGAAAUCUCGGUAAAGCCACUAAAGAAGAAGAAGAGGAAGGAGGAAAGUAUUUUAAGGAAGAACACAGACUUUUAAACAAGACAUUGAAUGCUUUACGAACUAGAGAUGCAGAUGUUCUUAAGUGUAUUUAAUACUUUUCUCAACUGCACAUUGUCUAUUAAAAGUACAUACUGUCAUACAGCUCAAUGACAUAAGCUGGCUGACGGACCGCGGACUGUUCACUUGGGUGGCUGGCAUGGUAUUCAUGGAACAUACAGAUUUGGGCUAGCAGGAUAUGAUGAGAAAAGGGAAUGGACACAGCUAGGUAUAUACUAGGUCCUUAUAUCUAGCUAUGAGGGCAUGAUCGCUGUAAAAUAGUUUUUUUUUUUUUAAUGUGAAAGUGAGAAUUCUAGGGACCAUGUACUAGUGAUUAAUGGGAGGACUCCGUGCUCUAACAUUGUGAGAAAUUACUUUAAAGGGGUUGUCUAGGCUAGAGAUAUUUAUGACCAGUCUUCAGGUCAGGUCAUCAAUAGUAGAUCAGUGGGGGUUCCCCCACCAAUCAGCUGUUUGGGGCAGCCACAGAGGUGGAAACUAUACAGUGAACCAAGCAGAAGUAGAAGUCUGUGUAGUUUCCGGUGCCAGCAUACUGCAGUUCAGCUCUGGUUCCUUUCAUUGGGAGCUAAGAUGCAGUACCCCAGCAUGGCCACUGCACGGUGUACGGAGCUGUCUGUUCACAGCUCCUUACACCAUAUUGUUUUGGGUGCAGCAGCUGCCGGAAACAGCUGAUCGGCGGGGAUGUCUGACCCCCACUAAUCUGAUACUGAUGACCUAUCCAGAGGACUGGUCCUCAAUCUCUCUAGGCCGAACAUCCUCUUUAAGCUAUAAACUUUGUGCUUGCAGUCCUGAUGACAAUACUUCCUGUCCUUUAGAAUUUUCCAUUUCAACCUUUUUAUAAGGAUAUUGUGGCUAUAAACUGUUCUAAGGAAAAAUGGCAGUUCUGUUCGUAGCAACCAGUCAGAUCCUGCCAUUCAUUUCCCUCUAUAUGUGCAUCUGAUUGGUUCUUAUGGCCAAUACUGAUAUGUUUUCUUUAAAGCACUUUAUGCCUGAGGUCCAUUGUGAGGACCCAAAUCCCAUCCCAACUAGGGCAUAGGAUGUAGUAUGGAUAUUGAUGGGGCUGUGCUAUGGACUUUCAUUUGUCUGGUGGACAAUGCGGCCAAACGCGUAUGCUAAAACUGGAGUCGGGUGUAAAAAUUCAUAAUGUU